UUGGGGCCAAACUGACAACAAAGUCAAGAUCGUCUUCUUGUCUUUUGUCCCAAAUUGCUCAUCAAACUCAAGAUCGUCUAAAAUCAGUAGCAACCAUGGAGAAACCAAAGUUCAAGACUGUCCAAGAAGUGAUUGCAGCCGGCGAAGGACUACCGGAGAGAUAUCUCCAUGCACCCACCGGCGACGGAGAAAGUCAACCUCUUAAUAGUCCCGUGCCGGAGAUGGAUAUACCGGCCAUCGAUCUAAAUCUUCUCCUCUCUUCUUCUGAAGAGGGUCAACAAGAAUUGAAGAAACUUCACUCGGCACUCUCUACAUGGGGCGUUGUUCAGGUGAUGAAUCAUGGAAUCACUGAAGCGUUUCUUGACAAGAUUUACAAGCUAACCAAGCAGUUCUUUGCGCUUCCGACCGAAGAGAAACAAAAGUGCGCGAGAGAGACAGGUAGUAUCCAAGGAUAUGGAAACGAUAUGAUUCUGUCGGAUGACCAAGUUCUUGAUUGGAUCGACCGUUUGUUUCUCACUACUUACCCUGAAGAUAAGCGUCAACUUAAGUUCUGGCCUCAAGUCCCAACCGGGUUUAGUGACACUUUACAUGAGUACACAAUGAGGCAACGGGUAUUGAUCGAGAAGUUCUUUAAGGCUAUGGCUAGAUCAUUGGAAUUGGAAGAGAAUUGCUUUCUAAAGAUGUAUGGAGAAAAUGCUAUCAUGAAUGCAAGAUUCAAUUUCUUUCCUCCAUGUCCGAGACCAGACAAGGUUAUUGGGAUUAAACCGCACGCUGAUGGCUCGGCUGUCACACUUCUCUUACCAGACAAAGAUGUCGAAGGGCUUCAGUUUCUCAAAGAUGGGAAGUGGUAUAAAGCUCCAAUAGUCCCUGAUACAAUUCUGAUCAAUUUAGGAGACCAGAUGGAGAUAAUGAGCAAUGGGAUAUACAAGAGUCCAGUUCAUAGAGUGGUUACAAACAGAGAAAAGGAAAGGAUAUCUUUGGCAAUGUUUUGUGUACCGGGUCCAGACAAAGAGGUUCAGCCAGCGGAUGGGCUUGUGUCUGAGGCAAGACCAAGAUUGUAUAAAACAGUUACCAAGUAUGCGGAGCUCCACUACAAGUACUAUCAACAGGGUCGAAGAACCAUUGAAGCUGCAUUGAUCUGAUAAAAUACUUUUCAUAUAUUGGGUCUGUUUGCUUGUUGUAACUUGGAACUUUGAACUCUAAGAACAUAUCGUUUGACGUUAUAUAUCAAAGCUAAUGAUCAGUGGUGGUGAGCAAAGCUCCUGGAAUGAAAUUGCCUUC